UGGUUUGGUGCUGUGCGAAAGCGCACGGAAAGGGGCCGAAGGCCGCAGGUCCCAACCGCAUGCGCUUUUUGGACCAACCACGAGUGGAUUGAGAACUUGAAGGACCGGACUGAUACAUUGUAGCCGCUGCUGCCUCUGGGUUUAUUAUAAAAAAAGAAUGUCUCCACGGAAGACGAGGUCCUCAAGCCAGCAGGCUUCAGCCGCUGCGACACCAAAAGCAACCCCCAGCAAAAAGUUGACAAAGAAAUCAUCUGCUCAGAAUGGCCACAAGAAGUCGCCACAAGACAGCACCAAGACAAAUGCUAUGCCAGCUGAAGAAAAGUCAUCCAAGAAAGCAGUUGUGACAAGGACUCACAAGCAACAGACAUUUGUUGGAAAGAGCUUAAAGCCGCCGAAGGAAGACGUAAAUGUAAACCAAGAGACACCUGCCAGCACCAACAAGUUGCCAAGCAAUGGAUUUGACAGUGAUGUUACUGUAAAGGCAGAACCUCAAGAGGCAAAGAGUCGAGACGAAGCUUCUAGCACAAGGGCUUCUCCUUUAAAGGCAGAACCUCAAGAGGCAAAGAGUCUAGACAAAGCUUCUAGCACAAGGGCUUCUCCCUCAAAAAAGCUGCCAACCCUUGCAAAGACAGUGCCUUGUCCACCUGUCACAGUGAAGCGUUCACCUUCACCUGUUGCAGCUGAUGGUGCUGCAGGCUUGCCCAAGAAGAAGAAGACAGAUGGCUCAAAAUCACUGGCUAAGCUGUCAAAGAAAGGACCUGCAAAGAAUGCAAAGUUUGUUGGAGCUCACAUGUCUGUGAGUGGUGGACUAGAACUAGCAGUAAGCAGAGCUGUGGAAAUGGGAGCCAAGUCAUUUGGCCUUUUCUUGAGAUCAGGGCGCCGGUGGACUGCCAAACCACUCACUCAGGAGGCAGCUAACCGCUUCCGUGAUGCAUGUCGUGAGCACAAUUUUGCACCCCACCAGAUUCUGCCGCAUGGAUCAUACCUGCUGAACUGUGGCUCCCCAGAUCCUGUUGUUCUAGAAAAGAGCCGGGCAACAUUGGUUGAUGAACUCAAGCGUUGUGAGAUGCUUGGUCUUGUUUACUACAACUUUCAUCCAGGUUCAACAUGUGGUGUUAUUAGCCGCGAUGCAUGCAUGGAUCUCAUUGCGGAGAGCAUCAACCAAGCACACAAGGAGACAACAUAUGUCAUAUCAGUCAUUGAAAACAUGUGCAAACAAGGCAAUACACUUGGCGGCGACUUCCGUGAACUGCGUGGAAUCAUAGACAGAGUGAAGGACAAAUCAAGGAUCGGCGUCUGCCUGGACACGUGCCAUGCCUUUGCAGCAGGCUAUGACUUGGCAACGCAAGAAGGAUUUGAGAAAAUGAUGAAUGACUUUGAAUCUAUUAUUGGAUUGUCAUACCUGAAAGCUGUUCACUUGAACGACUCAAAAGGAAAAGUCUGCAGCCACUUGGACCGGCAUGAAAACAUUGGCCAUGGAAACAUUGGCUUGGAUGGAUUUCGACGAAUUAUGAAUGACCCUCGACUUGACCAUCUCCCUAUGAUUCUUGAAACUCCAGAGACUGACUAUGGUGUUGAAAUUGCACUCCUAAAUGGGCUUUGUUCCUCAUAAGUGCAGUAGCAAUCAUAUCUACCUCAAGCGGUCUUGCCAUAGCACAGAGCAGCCAUCAUUAAAAUAGCAUUUUAUAAAAGGAGCUGAAAUGAUUUUAAGGUUGUGAACAGGCAUUAAUAGUAUCAAGUAUUGUGCAAGUAAAGCAGAACCAACUUUUAAAGAGUUUAACUACCAAGCAUAGGUUAUUUUAAAUAUGUACUCAAUGCUGCAAUGCUGACUUUUUUGCAAUAGUGCUUCCCACUUGUUUUGCAGUGAUGAGGGAAAGGUGCUGAAAUUUAUACUUUGCAAGCUUAAAUUGCCAGUAAAAUAUUUCAUGAGUGAUAAGGCGGUAGUAGAUUGUUUGCUCAAUGAGGGAUGACCUUAUGUUUCAGCAACGGAAGCUAUGUAAUCACAACCUCAAAAUCAUUUUAGCAUCCUUUUGAACUACUGGCUAUGUAGUGACCUGAUUGUUGUUUUCCGAGCGGCAAGAAAAACAAAACAUGUUGCUUUGAAAACAACCAAAAGUACACCCGAGCACAGCACCACACAUCCGUUUCCAGUUGUCUAUAGUCACAAAAAGCUUAUUUUUCUGAGCUUAAAAGCCUUUUAUUGGCAUUGUUCCUCUCCAAUUUGCCUAGACUUGAACCUUCCAAACUUAAAAGAAUGCCUUGAUGAUCAUUGUGAGGCCUACUAUAUGGGAACAGCUUUCUUGCUUAUCCCGAUUAUACUAAUUGCAUGCUUUCAUAUCCUCAGUAACGCAUUACCAAAUGCCAUCGGUACAGUUUUAUACAUGUAGAUUUUAAUGCAACAAAAUAGGCUGGGCUGCACAAAAUAACAAUAAUAAUCACUGAUGUGGAUUAAACAUCAGUCAAUUUUAAUACAGUAAUACAGCUCUUAAAAAUAAAGGAUACAAAUGGACUGCGAGCAGUGUGUGUCCCCUAAUCUAAGCCUUAAAUGUCAUUCUCAAAUGGACACACCAGUAGUCAUCCAUAAUUUUAUGUGCCCUCCAAGGUGCUGACGUAUUAAAAGAACAAAAAUUCGGGAUUGUUUUUUAAGUACGACAUUACAUAUGCUAUACAUUCAAUAGCUUCAAGCAACUUGCUGCAAAAGAAAACGCUAAAAAGCAGCCCUGAUGCAGAGAAACGCGCAGUUUCAAGCCACUUUUUCUUUAUCGGAGGGUGAAAUGCACCAGUAAUGAGCCACAUACCUUUCUUUAAUGUAUCUGGAAAUAUUCCAUGAAAUGAAAGGAGUUGCUUCACCAUAUGUAUCCAUUAUUACUGCAGGGAUAUAUAGUCAAUGACAGGUCAAGGGUGCAGAGCCAAGAGGCCCUCAACAUGUAUACAUGCGCCAGCAGAUUACCUUGUCCCGACACUCCUUUCCUUUACCCUCUGUGUCCCCAUCUUUAGCUUCAAGAGGCGCUUCCUUGUCCUCAUAUCCUGCCAUGAGAGCUUUAACAUUUUCUGUAUUCCUUCACAUGGAUGGAUCAACCGAGCCAUCCGUGGCAGGCAUAGGUGGGCAAUCUCACAAGGUUUUGACCUCAUGAGGUCAAACUCGACAUCAUUUUGUUCUCAACCUUGCAAAGUAAGGUGAAGUUGAAAGUGUGAGUGAGGUCACAAAUUCUUACUUCAAACUCGUGGGUGGGCUUGAAGUUAAGUGCAGUCAAAUGCUAAGUGAGAUCGAUUUUACAAAUGACUUUACUGCAAUUAAUUUUGUGUAUUAUUUAAGCCACCUUUGUUAGCGGCUAACCUAUGUUAACAAUAUAAUGUAAGUUGAAGUAUGGGGGGUGGGAAUUAUACAUUGUAAAUCACACACCCAACCUUGAACUCAUGACGUCAAGUUGAGUUUACGGACUCGACCUCGGCAACGAGGCUGAAGUGAAAUAGCUGCCAACUGCUGAAAGUUGAGGUCUACUAAAAACAUUUCAACCUCAGAGUUGAGAUUUAUUUAGAAUAAGGUCGUCAAAUCACAUUGGAGGAACAGGUGAGGUCAAGCCUUGUGAGUUCAUUUGCCCAGAUUUGAAGGCACCUAUGCACACAGCAAGAGAGGAGGGGGGAAGUCGGGCAAAUCCCUCUUCAAAUCGGUUUUUGACUGUCCUAUUUGGCUAUGAGGUGCCUUCACUCUCAUCACUGCAUCUGGUGACUUCAACUGUGUGUGGUGCGUGAAGAAGGUGUGUUAGAAAUAAAAUAGCCAGAAUAUUGUAAUUUUCCCCCAUUCAGACAGGCAAACUUGUGGUAUAAUAUCUGACUGGUCAUUUCAAAGCAACCUGGCAAUUGUACUAGAGCUGUGCAAAAAAAGCUUUGAAGCUCUACACUGAGGAUAAGUGGGUCAGACAACAUUAAUCAGACUUCAUUACCACAAUUUUAGCAUAUUUACACUCGCACAUUAGUUGCUGGCUUACACAACCUCUGGAGUGCUGCCAGAGUGGCCUAAAAUGACCAUACAAAUGUGCCAUUAGUGCCACUUUGAGUGCACGUUGCUUCACUGAGAACCAUUUGUGGAAGCUGGGUGAUGCAGGGUAAAACGAGGUGUAAUUUGAAAUAGGUGUUGAGGAGCAUCAGUUCCUACAAAGACUACUUGAAAUAAUCAUUACUAAUUAAAAAUUAGCCGCUAAUGUUGCUUUCUUUAUAAUGAGAGACAUCAUCCUAAAAAAGUGGUUGGACAGCAAACCCUAUCACACCUGUGGACAAUUUCUUUAAUUCACUGUGAUACUUGCAAGGCAAGCAUGCAAUAGCUGCAGCUACUGAAAUUUAGCAAUAUAAGUGCAAGACAGUGCUUUUAGCUGAUUGAUACAAAUGCAGUUAAAAUUAUGUUUGUACAAAAAUACCAAACUACUCUCUCUCAUUCUAGCUGCUAUUGUUUAUUUUCCCAAAUGCUGUUGUCCGGGCGACUGCUAUAGGGGACAAGCUCUUUGAAAGAGCUGCGUGAAGCGAGUUUGCUGAAUGCAUUAAGUCAUCAAGUGCACUGUGCAGUGCAAUCCACACACUCUUGUGAUAACUUCUAGCUGACACUUAUACCAAGAAUCAUUCGCUCAAACUGACGCUAAAUUUGUCUGUCUGACAGGGGUAGUAUUCACUUAAAUAGAUGUAUUUUUAUUUCAUUUAGGAAGGUUGGCUUUUUGUUGCAGUCUAGGAUAUACAGUUGUGAUUGUGACAAUUUUGUUAUGUCACACUGGUGCUCCUUGUAUGUACAAUGCAGUUAGCUCACUUUAUUUGUCACUGUUUGGUCAGCAGGAGGCAUUCAGAUCACCUGAGUAAGCUCCUCCAGUUGCUAUGCCAUGUGCUCUGGUUUGGCAUUGAUGUUGUGCUGUCUGCAGCAAAGCAAUCAUUCAUGCAGCUUUCAGCUCUAUCGGGGAGAGUAUUGAAAAUGUGGCGGUGAUGUUCUGGCACUGCAAAAGCGCUCAGUGGCGAGUUUCUCUGCAGAAAAGUUUGUUGUUCCUGUUCGCGCACAAGGAACAGUUACAAGUAUGGGACCAGUGAUGAAAGCUGGUGUGAAAGACAAAGGGUUGCCUUUUCUCUGUAUUGGUUGGUGUGGUGGUGGGUGAGGCAAUCAACAGAAAUAAGCUCAUUAGGGGACAGUUUUGUUUAAGAAGAGUGCUCCCUAGUGGCAUUAUUUUUUAUGCCUGCAAUGCCAUCAGACCACAUGUUAAAGAUCGGGUCAUGUUGGUUUCUAUUCAUUUUACCUCUGUAGCUAUAGUUUUUGCACAGGAAGUCGUAGCAUAUUCGAAUAGUUUUCUGUACCAUUACUGCCAACACACCUUUAGCCACUUAUGCAACAUUUUUGCUUGCCUCCUUGCAACCUCUGCAUAUGUGAGCAUCGCCAUUCAGAAUACUUCGUUGUACAACCCUCAUUAAUACAAUUCUGUUUUUACUGUGUUUUUUGUGUAUAUAGUGCAUCAUCCCUUCAUUUUCCUAUCCAUGGUGUUCAUAAGUGGUUUUUCUUGAGCUUGCAAGUAAGGAGCAGAAAGUCUCGUUGAAUAGUGGCCUGCCUACAACCACACUGGAUACCAACAAGACACAUAAGAAGCAGAACUCGGGAGUGGAGCGGAAAAGUUUGUUGUUUUCCUUACCCAGAAGGUGUUGCUCUUUGAACAUGCAUUGCUUUGUCUUGUCGUGGGGCUGUUGCAGCAGUUGCAUAUUCAAUUGUGCCACUCUGAGAUUAUAUUUCUUUUGUUAAAUAUGCCCUCCUGAACAUUGCUUUCAGGACUGUGGUGCAGUGGAAGGUGCAUUUGUGUAGGAAGAAAAAAAAAAAGUGAAUAGCUCCUUCUAGUUUAAGUUGUUGAAAAUAUAUAUGCAGCAUUCCACUGUGCACCACUUGUCCCCUUGUUGGUCGUUGUUAUGGUCUCCUUGUUUUAGCCAGUUAUCAAGCAAAUGUCAAGCUCUAACGACUUUUACUCUAUAGUUGCACUUUUUGUUUCUUUGGACAUGUCGCUGUUUCACUUGCCAGCACCUACCAUGUGUAAGAGUAGCAUCCUUAUUGUCCUCAGUGAGGUAUUCUCUACACUAUGAUACAUAGUAGCAGUGUCUCACAGCAAAGUGGCAAGGCACUGCACCAACUGCAAAGGAAAGAAACUUUUUAGUUAAAAGAAAAAGAAGGAAACCUUCAACUGGGUUUGGAUUGUCUUUGAUCAGUGAUAAGAUUGCUAAAGCAUUCCUUUACCUAAUCAAGCAAAAAGCUUCAAAACUGCUGCUACAUAAAAGUGAGGCGACGGGCAACAUGCCCUUUUUCGCCCCCCCCCCCCCCCCCCCUUUUUCUGUACAAGGCACUUCUAUCACCCUUAUUUUUUUUCUUGCACAUUUUGACUUUCAUGGUACUUUUGCAUUUCUGCCAUAUCACUGGAUCGUUCUAUCUUCAUGCAGUACCUGCCCAAUGCUGUGCACUACUACUAAGGGGGUAAAAAAAAAACUAAAUAUAAAAAUAUGUUUGAACACAUCUAAAAAAUGUAGCAAGACUGCACAAACCUGACACAACAAGGCCAUUAAAACAAGUUUUCUCUAAACA